UCGACUAAUCACAGACCAAGACAAGUGGUUGAAGAAAUUAAUCAAUCACAGACCAAGACGUGGUCGAAGGAAUUAAUUACGACAGAACACAGCUUCGGAUCUUUUCUCUCUCUAUCCAAAACCAAACACCAUUUCAUCAGAGUCUUACAGAUCGAUAACUGUGGGAGAUUUUAGCUGAGGAGAAAAAUGCAUACGAGGUAUAUGGAGAGGACUAAUAGUAUGAGAGAAAAGAGAAAACUUGAGGAAGAUGAUAAUAGCAAUCACCAGCAGCAGCAGCCUGAGCGUAAAAGGCCAGCUCUUGCAAGUGUGAUUGUGGAAGCCCUGAAGAUGGAUAGUCUACAGAGGCUUUGCUCCUCUUUGGAACCAAUUCUUCGCCGAGUGGUAAGCGAAGAGGUGGAGCGAGCAUUGGCGAAACUAGGCCCUGCUAGAGUUAGUGAGAGGUCUUCUCCUAAACGUAUCGAAGGCAUUGGUGGAAGGAACUUGCAGCUACAGUUCAGGUCUAGAUUAUCUGUUCCUUUGUUCACCGGAGGGAAGAUAGAAGGAGAGCAAGGCGCUGCCAUCCACGUCGUACUAUUAGAUUCCACAACAGGACGUGUACUGACGACAGGACCCGAAGCUUCUGCUAAGCUCGAUAUUGUUGUGCUCGACGGUGAUUUCAACAACGAAGAUGAUGAAGGCUGGAGCGAAGAAGAGUUCGAGAGUCAUUUGGUGAAAGAGCGUCAAGGGAAGAGGCCUCUUUUGACCGGUGACGUGCUGGUGACGUUGAAAGAAGGCGUGGGGACGUUAGGUGAGCUUAUCUUUACGGAUAACUCGAGUUGGAUAAGGUGCAGAAAGUUCAGGCUGGGGUUGAAGGUGUCUUCUGGUUACUGCGAGGGGAUGCGUGUGCGCGAGGCGAAGACGGAAGCUUUUACAGUCAAGGACCAUCGUGGAGAGUUGUACAAGAAACAUUACCCACCUGCGUUGGAUGAUGAGGUUUGGAGGUUGGAGAAGAUUGGAAAGGACGGAGCUUUUCAUAAGAAACUGAACAAAGCAGGGAUCUACAAUGUUAAAGAGUUCCUGCGUCUUAUGGUCAAGGAUACUCAGAAGCUAAGGACUAUUCUUGGGAGUGGGAUGUCAAAUAGGAUGUGGGAGACACUUGCAGAGCAUUCCAAGACAUGCGCCUUGAGUGAAAUGCUUUAUGUUUACUAUCCUGAGGACUCGGUUGGUGUUGUUUUCAACAAUAUUUAUGAGUUCAGUGGUCUUAUCUCAGGGAAGCAGUAUUAUCCUGCUGAUUCUCUUUCUGACAACCAAAAGGUUUAUGUGGAUGGAUUGGUGAGGAAAGCAUAUGAAAACUGGGAUCAGGUUAUUGAGUAUGACAGCAAGUCACUUAUGAACUUCAAUCAAGUUAACAAAGUGGAUGCUUUGGAUUACUCUAUGCCAGUUUCUGGUCCAAGCCAACCCUCUACAUCUUAUUCUGGUGAAGCAUCAGUGUACAGCCAGAGUCAGGGUACAAGCUUCCCGGCUCGGUCUCAGCUAGCUGAUACGACUUCUUACAUGCACUUUGGAAACAGUUCAUACGCACCACCGCAAGACCAGCUGAUUAACAACACUCAUGAAUCACAAAGCAUGAUCAAUAGCAAUGGCGGUGGAAGUCUGGCGCUGGGUGCACCAACAGGAUCCCAAAGCCAACACUUGGUUCAGCCUCCUCCUGAGGUUAACCUUUUUAAUGACUGGUCAAACACAGGGAACAGAGGAGGAGGUGAUGGGUUUUUAUCAGAGGAGGAGAUAAGGGCAAGAAGUAAUGAAAUGCUCGAGAACGAUGAUAUGCAGCAGCUGUUGAGACUCUUUAGCAUGAGCGGUGGUGGUGGUGGUGGCGGCCCGCAAACUCCUAUCAACAUGGGGGAAGACGGGUUUGGGUUCAACUCUUUUGGUCAGUCUUCGAUGGGUGGUUAUGGAGAAGACCGUUCGCAGUCGGGUAAGCCUGUUGUUGGAUGGCUAAAGAUCAAAGCAGCUAUGAGAUGGGGCUUCUUCAUCAGAAGGAAAGCUGCUCAGAGACGUGCGCGGAUUGUUGAACUCGGUGACGACGAAUAAGGUUCCAGGAAAAGAAGGAUAAUUUGAGGGUGGUUGUUGAUAUAACAGUUUCCCAGAAGAAGUAAAGUCUUUUGUGUUGGUUUCUUCUUCUUGUGGAGCUUCUUCAUUUGUACAGUAGUAAGAUAUUCUUCUCUCUUCCUUGCUUGUGCUUAUAUGUAAUCUCUACGUGACCGACCAGUUUUCAAGAUACUAAAAACAUGUUGUAAUUCUGUUGUUGAUUCUCUCUGUUGUGUGUUUUUGUGCUACUUGCUUGUCA